CAUACAUAAACCCCGCCUAUUCCCAAAAGGGGAUUUUAACCAUAAAUUGGGCCACACUGCUAACCGAAUGCCUAAUAAUAACCUUAAAUGAAGACAAAAAGCAAUAACAUGUGAUAUAGCCCAUUUUUACUCUGUGGCUGUGAUAACUAGUGACAACCAGUCCCCAGCGAGAACCUGGAGCAUCUCAAGAUGGCGGCUGAGCGGAGGAUGAGGAUGAUAUCGGGUCGGGGUUGUGUGACUGUGUUUCUGGCCGUGUUGUGCACCUUCUCCGCCGGGACCUGCGACGAACAGGUGCCGCUGAUGCUAUGGACGAGUGAAGGGUCUAGUCUGCCGUCCCAAGCUGUUCCUGCUGCUGGUCACAUAGUGGGUAUCAGUCAGCUGAGCUCAUACCUGGAGACCGCCCUGAGGUCAUCCCCGCACAACGUAAUGCUCUUCCUGCAGGACAAGAUGAGCAUUGAGGACUUCACCAUGUACGGAGGGGCGUUUGGCAACAAGCAGGACAGUGCCUUCCCUAACCUCGAGGAGGCGCUCCUCUCCAGCCCUUCCCCAUUGGUCCUGCCUGCCGUGGCCUGGCCAGCAUCCAGUGCUGUGAUUGGUCAGCUCCAGGACCAAUUAGACACCUCUCCUCUCUUCAUGGAACCAGAGACACUCAGCCAGCUACGACUCAACACUUCUACCCCCGCCCUGCUGGUCUUCAGACUACCCUACAGCACCGGGUCUGAUCUGAUGUCUGCUAAGGAGGUUCUCAAUGGGAAUGAUGAGGUGAUUGGACAGGUGAUGAGCAUUAUGAAGAGCCAGUCUGUCCCCUACACUGCCAUCUACACUGCAAUGAGACCCUCACGGGAGGUGUCAUCGUCUCUGGAUAUGGAGGCUAGUGUGGGAGGAGGGCGCUCCCUAUUGCAGUACGGAGACAGAAAGAGGGAGAGGGACAGACAGCGGGAGAGAGAAAGAGGAGAGAACCAAGUCAAGGAGAAGACAGGAGUCUACCCUCCAGUUGAGUUUAAGGAGGGCGGAGCCGGCUGUAUCAUGCUGUGGGCGGAGAACCUGACCGUGAGCGUGCUCCGUGGCGGUCGCUGGGAACGACACGACCUCACCUCUCUGACCUUUGGAGAGGGCGUGACCCCUAGGCUCCAGGGCUCCCUCUGCAACCAAUCACACUCCAGUCUGGUUCUAAACUAUGAGAAUAUCCUGGGACAUCGCUCCUUCAAACUAGUGUUUGCCAUGUCCCAGCGCCACUACAAGGUGUCAGCUCGCCGCUGGUUCACGCUAGACGCCGUGGAGAUAGAAUACGACGGUCAGAAAGCAACGUUUAACGGGAGCCGUAACGUGUACGCACCGGCUGAGUACUCCUACCGCUGUCAGUCAGUCACUAACUUCAGAUACCCCAUCCUGGUACCGCGCACCUCCAAAGACCCUGCUAACCAGUGGAGGGUCUCAUUCACUGACUUCCAGAUCCAGGGUUUCAACGUGGCAGGGGGAGAGUUCUCCUAUGCCAGUGACUGUGCAGGGUUCUUCAGUCCUGGUAUCUGGAUGGGACUGCUGACCAGUCUACUGAUGCUUCUGGUCCUGACCUACGGUCUCCAUAUGAUCAUGCAGCUUCACACCAUGGACCGCUUUGACGACCCCAAGGGACCUGCUAUCUCCGUACCGCAGACUGACUAACACACACGCACAGACGGACGGACAUAUACAGACAGACAGACGUAGUCACAUACAGACAGACAGGCGUAGUCACAGACAGACAGACAGACAGGCGUAGUCACAGACAUACAGACAGACGUAGUCACAGACAGACAGACAGGCGUAGUCACAGACAGACAGACAGACGUAGUCACAGACAGACAGACAGACGUAGUCACAGACAGACAGACAGACGUAGUCACAGACAGACAGACAGACGUAGUCACAGACAGACAGACAGACGUAGUCACAGACAGACAGACGUAGUCACAGACAGACAGACAGACGUAGUCACAGACAGACAGACAGACAGACAGACAGACAGACGUAGUCACAGACAGACGUAGUCACAGACAGACAGACAGACAGACGUAGUCACAGACAGACAGACAGACGUAGUCACAGACAGACAGACAGGCGUAGUCACAGACAGACAGACAGGCGUAGUCACAGACAGACAGACAGGCGUAGUCACAGACAGACAGACAGGCGUAGUCACAGACAGACAGACAGGCGUAGUCACAGACAUACAGACAGACAGGCGUAGUCACAGACAUACAGACAGACUUGUAGUUAUUUCCGUUACAUUUUCCCUGUCAUUCCUUUAUUUACCAACAAGAAUGAAGGAAGGAUCAGGAAAGAAUGGAUGGGGGAAGGGAUGAAUAUUUAUGGUAGAGAAGGGAGGGGAAUAAGGGAUGAAUAUUUAUGGUAGAGAAGGGAGGAAUCUGUUACUGAAGGGAAGGGAAUAAGGGAUGAAUAUUUAUGGUAGAGAAGGGAGGGGAAUAAGGGAUGAAUAUUUAUGGUAGAGAAGGGAGGAAUCUGUUACUGAAGGGAGGGGAAUAAGGGAUGAAUAUUUAUGGUAGAGAAGGGAGGGGAAUAAGGGAUGAAUAUUUAUGGUAGAGAAGGGAGGAAUCUGUUACUGAAGGGAGGGGAAUAAGGGAUGAAUAUUUAUGGUAGAGAAGGGAGGGGAAUAAGGGAGGAAUAUUUAUGGUAGAGAAGGGAGGAAUCUGUUACUGGAGGGGAAUAAGGGAUGAAUAUUUAUGGUAGAGAAGGGAGGGGAAUAAGGGAUGAAUAUUUAUGGUAGAGAAGGGAGGGGAAUAAGGGAUGAAUAUUUAUGGUAGAGAAGGGAGGGGAAUAAGGGAGGAAUAUUUAUGGUAGAGAAGGGAGGAAUCUGUUACUGAAGGGAGGGGAAUAAGGGAAGAAUAUUUAUGGUAGAGAAGGGAGGGGAAUAAGGGAGGAAUAUUUAUGGUAGAGAAGGGAGGAAUCUGUUACUGAAGGGAAGGGAAUAAGGGAUGAAUAUUUAUGGUAGAGAAGGGAGGGGAAUAAGGGAUGAAUAUUUAUGGUAGAGAAGGGAGGAAUCUGUUACUGAAGGGUGUCAGUCUGUCCAUCAUUCCGGUCUUUAGUCAUUUUGGUGUGAAGGUUAUUACAUGCUGCUGUUUAGUGAGUACAGCCCAUGUUGUAAACACUGACUGAAGUGGAUCGAUAAGCUUUCACCUGGAUUCACCUGGUCAGUCUGUCAUGGAAAGACCCGGUGUUCCUAAUGUUUUGAACGCUCAGUGUAUAUAUAUAUAUAUAUAUAUAUUGUGUUUGACCUUGUGAUUGUGUCUUUAUGGUAGUCUAGGUUAGUAGCGUACAGGUUAACUAGGGCCACAUCUGAAAUGGCACCCUGUUCUGUAUAGUGCCCUACUUUUGAACAGGGCCCAUAGGGGAAGUGCACCAUAUAGGGAAUAGGGUGCCAUCUGAGACGUGGCCUAGGUUUCACUAAGGUUGUUUAAUGUGUGCAGUAUCACCAGGAGUUACUCCAGGAAUUACUCCAGGCUCCAACAAGGGCCUAAAAGGUUAAAUGUUUAUGUGAGAAAAGGUUGAGGCGUGGAGACGAACCAGACGGGGGUCAGAGGUCAGAGGUUAGGGUUAGAUGUUAAUGUGAGAAAAGGUUGAGGCGUGGAGGCGAACCAGACGGGGGUCAGAGGUCAGAGGUCAGAUGGCCUACCUUGUGUUUACUGAUUUCAAGUUGUUCUGUGGCUCAUAUGAGUUGUUAGAGGAAGGCUUGUCUGGUCUUCCUGGACAGAGUCAUGAUAUCGUUGAAAUAUGGUUUAUAUAUUCUACUAUUAGUAGUGUCUCUCGUCCUGUGUGACUCAUGCUGUGAUUAACCCCAAUAAAGCCUUGAAUGAACAACGUCAA